GUGUGUACUUUACAACAGACUGUUUUUCGUUUUGCCCAUUGGCCUACAAUGUUUACAUUUCUAUAUCUCACAUUUGGACCCUGUGUGCCUAUAGCUAGCAGGAGUUAAUUAGACAUUAACAAGUUGCUUGAUCAUAAAAUAUGCACACGGUGAUGUAACGAAGGGAGCAUUUUGAGAACUGAGAUAUCUAAAUCGUUGAACUCCAUUACAGGGUUCCUCAGACACUGCACAUGAUACACGUGUCAGCAUUAUGGCCUCUGCAAGGAAACAUCUGAGAGACAGUCUGAUAUGUCCAAUCUGCAUGGGUCUUCUUACCAAGCCGAAGCUUCUACCUUGCUCACACACAUUUUGCGAAGAUUGUUUAACCGAAGUCCACUCUACUCAAGCUUGGCCCGAUCAGAUACCGUGCCCUGUGUGUCGCUCUGUUGCACCUGUAUCCUACAAUAACGUAUCCUACUUUCCGACCAAUCAAAUUGCCAAGUCCCUUGUAGAAGUUUUCAAGGGGGGAUCGGACAAGAGGAGAACGGCCUAUUUAACGAAUGGCGCUUCUUCUGGCCAACGUUGCACCGUGUGUGAUGCUGAUGAUCAAGAACUUGCUACCUUCUACUGUCAGCAUUGUUCAGAAUUCCUCUGCGAUUAUUGUCUUGAGCAACACAAAAGGUUUAGGAAGAAUGUCUUCCACGAGCUUGUUAGUGCUAGAGACAUCGCGUCAGGGGAAAUCAGAAUACAACUUGCGUGUCCAGAACAUCCUCGAGAACUGCAGCAGUUCGUGUGUAUCACAAAGUCAUGUCUGGUUCGUAUCUGUAGUAGGUGUUUGGAAGUGGGUCACCAGCCUGGCAGGCAUAAGGUCAUUGGAAUUGAAGAGUAUGAAGAGGGCCACAAAGCAGCAGUUGAUUCUUUGCAGGAAAAAAUAGAACAGAAAACUGCUUUGAUACAGAGACAAUCGUCUUUUGUGGAGGAGCGGAUUGGCAAGGUUGAAAAUAUUAUCGGUCAACGAAGGCAAGAAAUCAAGAAUGUCUUUGAGGGCGCUGUUCGGCGAAUACGACGAAGGAAAGAUCAACUGCUUGAAGAGUGCAACACCUAUCAGAGAUCGCUCUGCGAAGAUCUGGAAGGAAUCAUCCAGUGCCACGAUGACUUCCUUGAAAACCUAUCAGCCAAUGCUUCUGUAGUCACUGAAGAGUGUACUUCUCGACGCUCAGACCAGUCGUUGUCUGAGCGUGUCGCACGAGUUGGUGAGCUUGAGGCUCUCGUGAAAAGAGACAACCCGGAUGCAUCUCUUGCUGAAUCAAUAGCACGCCGUGCUAAACUCCUGACCUUUCACCAAGCUGCAGAGUCCGUGGGUCUUGACCUUGGAACUGUUCGGGUCAAGAACUGGGAGCUUGUGAGAUUUUAUGAAGGUGUGACAUGUUUGGCCGCGCGCCUGUGGCAACUUUUGUGUGAUCUCUUUCGAUUACUUGCUAAAUUUGUACUUUUCAUUGUAAUUUUAAAUGUGUUGUUAUUUUGUUUUAUGAAUGUCCGUUCUGUUUAGAUUAGAAAUUAUAUUGUAUAUUGUGAUUUUGAAAAUGCACAUCAAUAUUUUCUUUUAUUUUGUGUGUGUCUUUUAUCUCUAUAGUGAAGAAAGAAGUAUAUGUAAUUAGUAGUAAAUGUUGAAGUGAAGGUCUGGAAUGAGCCAUAUUAAUGGCAGGGAGUUAUUAUGCCAGCUAUGCCAGGGAUUAUUGUGCUGGCAAAAGUAUUAUGUUGAUAAAUAGGAUGGUAUGACUAAGCACCUGUUUCGGGUUCCACACAUUUCGUGUACAUAGAGGGUUGGUACAGUCUGAGACUUUGCCACACCUCAAUUUUGAAGCCAAGAGGCAUACAGGAUUUGGUUCUGCUCUGCAGAUAUUGCGGAUUUGUUUAUGAUUUCCCCUUGGGCAGAAAUUGCUGAGUUUCUUUUAAUGUCAAGAGACAGACGGUUUGGGUUCUGUUUAGCAGAAAUGGCUGAUAUAUUUGAGUGUUUUGAUAAUGCAAUCAUUGGUAAGCGAUUUGAAUGUUAUAUUUUACAUUGUAUCACUUAGUUAUUUGUUAAUGUAUGAUGGCAUUAUAUAAAUGUCAGGGAAAUAUAGCUAUGAAGCUGUGAAAGAUAGUUUAAUUCCAGUCGUUCUAUGUUAAUACAAUGAAUAAGUAUAUAUAUAUAUAUAUAUAUGUCAAUUAAUGUUUAGAGUAUGAACACUGACUAGAAAAUGUAUGUAUGCACUCUGAAAUUAAGAUAGCGCACGAUGUUGGGACCACGUCCGACCUCGAAACCUGGUAGCAUUUAUUUUCCGUUUGAUUAAAAACAAACAUUACAAUAAAAGUAUAUACAAAAGUAUGAAUGAAACGGCUGGAUAACCAAUAUACAGCUAUGCCAGGCACGACACUACUAGUCUUCCAUGGGGUCCAGAAAGAGCCAAUUGUUUUAGUGGGCUGUAAAGUGCCUGGAGCUUAUUAAACCUUUCGCAAGAACGUACAGACAUUUGGUUCAACGUCACCGGCAAUGACUAGGGAACAACUAAUGGUGAGCUGUAUCAUACCAUCUUGAUUUUGCUACAAAUGAAACUUUUGAGACAUACAGCGAAAGAAAUCGUGGAAAAGUAGUGACGACGACAUGAGUUAUAACUACAAGCGAAAUUGAUUGUCAUUAUUGAAUGAUAUACGCGUUGGAUGUGUCGAAUGUCCUGAGACGUCUUACGGUUAAAUUGGUUAAUAUCCGAAGAGUAUUUGGAUUGCCAUUGACUGACUUGAACAUGAAUUAAAGAGAGGCAUGUUUAAUUUUUCUUAGAGACUCUCUGAAGCAGGGGAGAUUUGAAUUCACUUUUGGAAAUGACGUUGGUCAUUUUUUUUUUCUUCUUUUCUUUGUAAUGACAAAUGUACAU